CUUGCAAUAAGACAUUUGAUAGUGCUGUUUGUCCCAGUCUUAAUUGAAGCAGUAGGCUGCUCCAGCCGGCGACUUUGUGCGACGAAUCUGAUGUGGCGAAGAGAUGGCAGCAGCCAAAGUCACUGACGCUCGCUCGGCUUCGGUUGAUCAGUCGCCUUCAUGUGCGAAAGUCGCGUGCCUUCAUUUUACGGCAAACCGAACAACAAGACAACUUAUGGAUCUCUGACCCAGCCAAUAUCAAUAUGGCAACCGGUCCGCUGCGCUUUCGGACGCCUCACAUCGAAGAGCUGCCAACCACACAAUCGAAGCAGGCCCCCGGUUUCGCUUGGAUAGCUGUCCCUUCGGCAGCCGCGGACGACCCAGCGAAGAAUUGGGGGACAACGAACCGGAAGCGCCAACGAACCUCUCUCGGUGGUCAGACAGAUCAGCAGAGGGAAGCUCUGAGCGCAAGGCAGAAGCGAGAGAUCGAGCGGAAGAUUAAUGAGCUCAACAAUGACAACUCAAAAGACGUUCAGAUAGAGCUAUCCAAGAAACACACCACCGGCGCGACCAAAGUCGGCAAGACUGCCAACACGAAAAAGAUCCUCGCGUCAGGCAAGUGGUUUGCGCACUACCUCGACGACGAGGAAGCCGAAAUUGCGAAGACUGGACGACGAGAUGGCGAUGUCGAGCCUGCAGCUUCCGCGCAACGAGCAAGCAAAACACCUAUUGCGCGUCGCAACCUCAGGGAGGACAGCAGCGUAAGCGGUAGCCCUGCACCAGUCCCAGCGCCUACUCAACCGUCGCCGCUGUCACAAAACUUGCAAAGUGCUCCUUUCAGCGCCGUGACUCUGCUUCCUGCCACCGAAGACGACGACGAGGAUGUGAACCCUAGUCCGCCACUACCAUCAGAGGAAGAGAUCGAGGCACUACUUGACCACCCUCCGUUGACCUACAAUGAGGCACGUUCCGCACCCCCGCCAUCGACCGCACCGCCACCGCGGCGUUUCUGCGAGACAUGCGGUUACUGGGGCCGAGUGAAGUGUAUGAAAUGCGGCACCAUGACAUGUAGCGUUGCCUGCAAAGACGAUCACGACCAAUUCAGGUGUCUGAAGAUGUACGCUUGAGCAAGGGUGUUUUUGAGCAAGGCGAUGUUUUUAUGAAUGGCAUAACCGAAGGCGUUGGUCGUGCUUAGAGAUACCCGGACUAUGACAACAAAUCUAGGUUGCGUGUGCGCCUGCUGGGCUUCCCCCUGAUCACGAUACUCACAAAGGGUGUAAAUUGCGAACAAGGAGAGCGUAGCAUCACCAUGG